AUGCCGGAAUCGGAAGGAGGAACGCCGGUGGCGACGUCUGCGCCGGCGACGCCGGGGACUCCGGGAGGUCCCCUGUUUUCGGCGGAGAGGGUGGAGUCGCUGUCGUACGAUCGGAAGUCGAUGGCGGCGAGAUGCAAGUGCUUGCCGGUGACGGUGCGAGCGUGGAGUCAACCCGUGUCUCCCACCUGCUUCACUGAUUUCCCCACUCCCGAUAUCUCGCUCGCUCGCAAGCUAGGUGCGGAGUUCGUGGGCACCUUCAUACUCAUCUUCGCGGCGACGGCAGGCCCCAUCGUCAACCAGAAGUACGCCGGCGCCGAGACCCUGAUCGGCAACGCCGCCUGCUCGGGCCUAGCCGUGAUGAUCAUCAUCCUGUCGACGGGACACAUCUCCGGCGCCCACUUGAACCCUUCGCUCACCAUCGCGUUCGCUUUCCUCCGCCACUUCCCCUGGGCCCACGUCCCGGCCUACAUCGCUGCCCAGGUAACGGCGUCAAUCUGCGCGUCAUUCGCACUCAAGGGCGUGUUUCAUCCCUUUAUGUCCGGCGGCGUCACCGUGCCUUCCGUCGCCACCGGCCAGGCUUUUGCACUUGAGUUCAUUAUUACUUUCGUCCUGCUUUUUGUUGUUACUGCCGUUGCUACGGAUACUCGCGCGGUGGGGGAGCUGGCCGGGAUUGCGGUUGGUGCUACGGUUAUGCUCAACAUUCUUGUUGCAGGGACAUCGACCGGAGCGUCGAUGAACCCAGUGAGGACACUCGGGCCGGCGGUGGCGGCAGGGAACUACAGGAAACUCUGGAUAUACCUGGUUGCGCCGACCCUCGGCGCUCUUGCCGGAGCUGGCACCUACACCGCCGUGAAGCUCGAAGACACCGAAGCUGGCCCGCCUCGUCCGGUCAGGAGCUUCCGCCGCUAGACUGAAAAACUACACCGUAUUUGUACGUUUCAGUGUUCGGUGUUUGCUACUUUGCUCUGUAAUAAACGCGAUGUGACUGAAAUUCGACGC